AUGCGGCUGAGCCGUGCCAUGAUCCUGCUGAGGUAUGUCGACUUGACCAAAUACUUCUUCAAGUACGAGGACGGCUCCCAGGGACGCACCUGCAAGCCGGCAAUGGGCACGUCCUUCGCAGCCGGCACUACGGACGGCCCGAGCAACGUGGACGAGUUCGGGCAGAACAUGACCCCCACAAGUGGCUUCCUGAGGUUCAUGGGCCACCUGCUGUCGAUGCCCACGGACGAGGCCAAGAGGUGCCACGCGCCCAAAGACAUCCUGCUCUACACGGGCAGCAUGAAGGCGCCCUAUCCGUACAUGCCGUCCAAGAUGGCAUUUCAGCUGAUCCGCAUCGGGAACCUGAUCAUUGCCGGCGUGCCCGGCGAGUUCACGACCAUGGCCGGUCGCCGGACGGCCAAAGCACUGAAGAAGAUCUUCGUGGACAAAGGUGUGGUCAGUUCAGAUGCCCGUGUGGUCAUCAACAACUGCGCCAGUGGCUACGCCGGCUACGUCUCGACGAUCGAGGAGUACCAGCACCAGCGCUACGAGGGCGCCUCCACGGCUUAUGGCCCCCACACGCACGGAGCCAUGACUAGCAUCCUGAAGGAGAUGGCAAAGGAGAUGGCUGAGGGUAAGGCCUACCGCUGGCCCGGCGCCCCGCCCUCCAUCCCUACGGAAGCGCAGCUGUGGGAGGGCCAGAGCGAUGUGGUUUCCGAUGAUCCUCCCAUUGGCGGAAAAUUCGGCGACGUCAAGAAGGAUGUUCUGCCCUGGAACUAUGCUCCUGGCAGUGUGGCACAGGCAACCAUCUGGGGCGCGCAUCCGCGCAACAACUUGCGGCGGAACUCCACCUUUGUCUCCGUGUGGCGUUCCGAGGAUGGCAAGGCUCCCUGGAAGAUGGUGGCGGACGACAACGACUGGGAGCUGCGCUUCGAGUGGAAGCGGGUAGGCAUCUCCGCGAGCACCGUCACCAUCACAUGGGAGAUCCCUGAGGACGUCAAGACCGCCUUCUACACUCUGCGCUACAAUGGCGAGGCCAAGCACCUGGGGAAGAUCAUCAGCAUCAGCGGCGCCUGCCUCAGCAUCGGGGGGAAAAUCGAAGUUGCUUUGCAAGCAGUGAAUGUGGAGGUCGUGGGUGCCUGCCUCGAAGCUGCGGCGGCGCGGCCGCAGUCACCGAUCGAGGUCACUUUGCCAGAUGGCUCCAUCAAGGAGGCCACAAGCUGGAAGACCACGCCGCUGGACAUCGCACAGGACAUCUCCCGGGGACUCGCCAACAACUGCGUUGUCGCAUUGGUGGAGUACUCCGAGCGUUUGGGGGACAACUCCUGCUCCCAAUGCGUCGCAGCCGACGGCGAAGAGGACGAGGACGAGGACGAGGAGUCCAACGCAGAACUUUGGGAUCUGACACGACCGCUGGAAGGCAGCUGCAAGUUGGAGCUCAUCAAGUUUGAUGAUGAUCGGGGCAGAGACACUUUCUGGCACUCGUCGUCGCAUGUCUUGGGUGCCGCCUUGGAGGACAAGUUCGGUGGCCACCUGACCAUCGGGCCAGCCGUGCAGGGCGGCUUCUACUACGACAUGUUCCUAGGAGACCAGGCCCUCUCAGAAGCCAACUUCCAGGAGAUCGAGGACGCCGUGGCCGAGCUCCGACAGAGCGACUCUCCAUUCGAGCGUCUCGUCAUCACCCGUGAUGAGGCUCUGGAGCUCUUUGCCCACAACCCUUUCAAGGUGGACCUGAUCAAGCGGAAGGUCGCACCCGAUGCGCUGACGACGGCCUACCGCUGUGGCGACCUCGUGGACCUUUGCCGCGGGCCGCACCUCCCUUCCACCUCGCGGGUGAAAGCUUUCAAGGUCAUGAAGAACUCCUCGGCCUACUGGCUGGGCUCUGCAGAGAACGACUCCCUGCAGCGCAUCUACGGCGUGUCCUUCCCAUCAGAGAAGCAGCUCAAGGCGCAUCUGCGACAGCAGGAGGAGGCGAAGGAGCGCGAUCACCGACGCGUUGGGACGCAGCAAGGGCUUUUCUUCUUUGACGCUGUGAUGGCGCCCGGCUCCUGCUUCUGGACGAGCUACGGGGCACGGCUGUACAACCGGCUGCAGGAGCUCAUGCGCGCGGAGUACCGGGCGCGCGGCUUCGAGGAGGUCAUCACGCCGAACAUCACGGCCAGCGAGCUGUUCAAGCGCUCUGGACAUUACCAGAACUACCGUGAAGACAUGUAUGGGUUCAACGUGGAGGGCCAGGAGUGGUUCUUGAAGCCCAUGAACUGCCCUGGGCACUGCGUGAUCUUUGACAGCAGGCCACGAUCCUACCGCGAGCUGCCCAUGAGGCUGGCAGACUUCGGUGUUCUUCACCGCAAUGAGCUGAGUGGCACCUUGGCGGGCCUCACGCGCGUGCGUCGAUUUCAGCAGGACGAUGCCCACAUCUUCUGCCGCGAGGACCAGAUCAAGGACGAGGUAUCCUCAGCACUCAGCUUCGUCUUCGACAUGUACGAGCUCUUUGGCUUCGAAUUCUCACUGGCGCUCAGCACUCGGCCGAAGAAGGCGCUCGGCGGCCAAGAGCUCUGGGACCGCGCCGAGGAGCAAUUGCAACAGGCUCUGAACAGCACUGGCCGGCCCUGGUCCCUGAAGAAGGGCGACGGUGCUUUCUACGGGCCAAAGAUUGACAUCCAGCUGAAGGAUGCCUUGGGAAGAGGACACCAAUGCGGAACGAUCCAGCUGGAUUUUCAGUUGCCUCUGCGCUUCAACCUCAAAUAUCAGGAGAAAGCAGCAGAGGUCCAGGAGGAGCCGGCUGAAAAGAAGCCCACCGCUGAGGCCGCUGAGGGCUCUGAGAAGGAGCCGGUGCUCCCGGCGGGCUACGCACGGCCGGUGAUCGUCCACCGAGCGAUCCUGGGAUCUGUGGAGCGCAUGCUGGGCGUCCUCUGCGAACACUACGGUGGCAAGUGGCCUUUGUGGCUCUCACCACGACAGUGCAUGGUCGUGCCCGUCUCCGACGACGCCUUCGAGUAUGCGACCUACGUCAAAGAGGCACUGCAUUCGCGCGGCUUCCACGUCGAAGUCAACUUGGGUGACGACAGACUGAACAAGAAAGUGCGCGAUGCGCAGGUGGCCCAGUUCAACUACAUCCUCGUUGUGGGUCAGAACGAGGAGGAAGAAACAGCCGUGAACAUUCGCGCGAGGGGUGUGAAGCGGCCGCUUGGCACCAAGAGCCUCGAGGAGUUCAUCCAGCAGCUGGAGGAGGAGAACAACCCAAGGGCUCUCCAAAAGCCAAAGGUGCUUGCGCCCUUCAAGCGCCAAGCGCCCGCAGAAAGUGUGAGCUCGUAG